CAACGCUUUCGACUGUCAUCGCAAGCAAUGGUGGUUGUUGCAGAUUCAAGCAUCGUAGACGGACCAAACGGUUCGAGGCCAUCUACGCCCUCGUUAGUUCCCACAAAAAAGCGCAAGGUCGCGUCUAAUCCAGAAGCAUCUCCUGCACCCAACGACCCAAAUAACCCAAGCACAGCAGCCAAUGUUGCUUUACCCACCCGAAACGACUUCUUCUCUCGUCCUCGCCUUACAAUUUCGCGCUGCCCCACCUUCCCGGAUAGUUCUAUAACGUUUCAUACCACAGAACAGCUUGCUAUGAACCGUAUGGGGUUCAGGUACGUCCCAGCAGGUGUUUCGCCCCCGGGAUCUGCCCUCCCAUGUCGAACAAUCGAAAGUCUCCCUACGAGCUACAGAGUUAGCUGGGAGGACCGCAGCUCCUUCGUAAAGGUCACUCCUGAUGGUCUCGGGUUAAUCGGUGAACGAGGGUUUAGGAGUGCGCGGUGUAAUGCACCCGUCCGUGAGGGCAAGUGGUAUAUGGAGGUCCGCGUCGAGGAUGGCGGAGGAGAUCGCCCCACUCAUGCCCCAGAUAUAAACAUGCGCCAGGGAAGUCAUGUCCGGCUUGGCUGGGCGCGACGGGAAGCACUUUUGAAUGGCCCAGUUGGCUUAGAUGCAUAUUCAUAUGGCUAUCGUGACAACAAUGGUGAUAAGGUCUAUCUAUCGCGCCCCCGCCCUUAUGGUCGUUCGUUCCGUAGUGGGGAUGUUAUUGGCAUGUACAUAUCCCUUCCACCUCGAUGCAAACCCGAUCCCCGUGAUUCUCACGACCCAGCACAUAUCCGACGCGAACGCAUCGCUAUCGAGUUCAAGGGCCAGGAGUAUUUCGAAAGUCUCGAAUAUCCUCAGAUCAAAGAGAUGACUGCUCUUAUGGACUUCUCCAAUAAAUCAAGUAAUACAGCGUCUCUUCCAUCUGCCUCUUCCAACAAGAAGGCUGCAUCAACAAAAAACCUCCCAGAACGAGGCGCACGUCCUGGUCAGGUACCAGCAGCUCCCGUUCUCCGCCCUUUGCCAACCUUGCCAGACUCUUACAUCGCGUUCUUUGUCAACGGCGAAUGUCAAGGCAUUGCAUUCGAAGACCUUUUCGAUUACCUGCCUUUGCGCACGACGCCUGCGUCGAGGAAGAAGGAAAAGGAUAAGAAGCGAGCGCGUGAAGGGGCCCCUCGGGAACAUAAAGAAAAUCCGUUUGAUGACGGGACGCUGGGGUAUUACCCAUUCAUCUCCUUGUUCAACUACGCCCGCGUGCGCUUAAAUCCUGGUCCAAAUUUUGACUUUCCACCUCCCCCGGACAUAGACAGUAUGCUCAAGGGCACUGAUCAUAAUGUAAAUCAAGCUCAGACUUGGCGUCCCAUCAACGAGCGGUACCCGGAGUUUAUGAAGGAGCAGUGGGAUCUGGACGAUCAAGAAGAAGAAGAGGCUACAUUGGAAGCGGACAAGAGAGCAGAGGUUGAAAAAAUCGAGGCACAGAAGAAAGCGCAGAGGGACAAAAACAGACAGCAGAAUGAAGCUCGGAAGAGGGCAAAGAAAAAUGCAGAGCUACGAGGGUCUUCGGUUGCAAGCGCCCGAGCAUCUACAACGGAACCUGCAGUUCCCGUUGAUGACCGCCUCGAGUUGUCUGUCUUGAUCGCGUCGACAUCACAAACGAUAGAGCGUGGAGCGGAUCAGAUGCACUCCCCUGCACCAACAGCUACGUCAAGUGGUGAUUUUAAUCACGUCCCAGAAGUGGAGAGUGGGUACAACUCUGAGGUCAUCGAGGGAGAUGGAGAAGAAGAGCAACACGAUGGAUUUGCGGCAGACGUUGAUCAUCACGACGACGACGAUGACGAUGACGAAGUGUUUAGGGAAGCCGCAAGUCCUUACCGCAAAUCACGGACACAAAAUAAUAGCUCUUCUGUUAUGGACAUCGACCUGGAAGAUCUACUGUAAUACUUAGAUCUAUAUUACCUCACAUGUUUAAUCGGACGUGAAGGAUGACAAGAAACGUGAAACAUG